AUGGCAGCCUCCGGCCUCCUGCUCCUUCUGGGGCUGCCUGUGGGGGCCUGGCCCGGCCUGGGGCUGCCCCGACGGCCCUGCGUGCAGUGCUGCCAUGCCGCCUGGCCCCCCGCCGCCCCCGGCCCCUACACCCCCCAGAGCGCUGGGGAGCCGGGGGUGCCGCUGCCCCGCGUGCGGCCCACCAUAGACAUCUCCAUCCUCAAAGGUGAGAAGGGUGAACCGGGGCUCAGAGGUCUCUCUGGCAGGAGCGGGAAGGAGGGCCCACUGGGCGCCCGUGGCCUCUCGGGCCGCAAGGGCCAGAAGGGGCAGGCGGGGCCGCCGGGCUCCCUUUGUCAGCGCGACUACGCGGCCUUCUCGGUGGGCCAGCGGGAGGGCCUGCACAGUGCCGACGGCUUCCAGGCCGUGCCCUUUGACACGGAGCUGGUGGACCCGGACGGGGCCUUCCACCUGGCGUCCGGCCGCUUCCUGUGCGCCGUGCCUGGCGUCUACUUCCUGAACCUCAACAUGCACCCCUGGAACUACAAGGAGACCUAUCUGCACAUCACGGGGAACGGGCGGGCCGCUGCCGUGCUGUACGCGCAGCCCCGCGAGCGUGGCGUCCUGCAGACCCAGAGCCUGCUGCUGCCCCUGGCCACCGGCGACACCGUCUGGGUGCGCGUGUUCCAGCGGGACCGCGACAACGCCAUCCACGGCGGGCACGGUGACCUCUAUAUCACCUUCAAAGGCCACCUGGUCAAGCCGGCCGCAGAGCUCUAG